GUUUUACGCACGAACCGGAAGUGCAUUAAUGGCGACCUUGUUGAAAGCAUGAAAAGGAAUACUGUAAACAGAUCAAAUGCGCUGUGACGUGAAAUUAUAGUUUAUAAUUUUUAAGCUAUUUGUACACGUUGCUUAGUUGUUGUAGCCAUGUUUGCCAGCCUCAGAACUGCGUUCUGUGGAUUGGCAAUUGGCAGGACAACAGGAUGUUCAGGUGGAGCGUUGACCCACAUGAAAGUGCUAUCUGUGGGCAUGAAGACUUAUGAUGUGCCUCCAGACUAUUCUGAUGUGGUGUUACCUGAGAAACCGAAAUUGAAAUUCAUCAAUAAAGUGCCCAAUUACAAAAAGGCAAAGAAAGAGAUGAAAAGACUGAAGGACAUCCAAGGCCCUACAAAGGGAGCAGACAAAUUUACUGAGAAGGGUCAAUAUGGCAUUGUUGCUCUUGGAGGAGGCUUUCUUCACUGGGGUCACAUAGAAAUGAUGAGGUUGACCAUAAACCGACGUAUGGACCCACGAACAGCCUUCGCCAACUGGCGUAUCAACGCCCCGUAUAAACCAAUCACUCGCAAGGGCCUGGGCCAGCGAAUGGGAGGGGGCAAAGGUGCCAUUGACCACUAUGUCUCGCCAGUACGUGCUGGCCGCCUGGUGCUGGAGAUGGGAGGCAAAAUCGAGCUUGGGGAGGUGGAACCUGUGCUCAAGCAAGUAGCCAAGAAGCUGCCGUUCCCUGCCAAGGUUGUGAGCCGGGAAAGUCUGGCUGCCUUGCACAAGGAGCAGGAGGACCGGGCAACAAAUAAUCAGAAUCCCUGGACCUUUGAACAGAUUGCCAGGGGAAACAUGAUGGGGAUUCGGAAGGUCCUAAGCCCCACCGACCUGCGAAACCAUGGCCGCUAUGCUGGCAAGUUCUUCUACCCUGACAGGGUCUGAACUGCUGACCUUACACUUGUGUAAACCCAAGGGAGAGGCAACCAAAGGCACAUUGCAAUGGACCUGAAGCACUCUUUCAUUUGUGAUUUACCUUCUGUGUGAGGAAUGUAAAAAAAAAUAGACAUGAAGUUAUAAACAGUCAGAUGGUGAUACAUGAACAAAUACAGCUGCCGAUUGGACUGGAUGACCAUCUUGGCUAUAUCUGAGACUCUAGGACCCACGAGGAGAGAAUGAUGUUAUCUAACAUGUAACAUUGUUGUGAUAUCAUUUUCAUUCACCAUAGAUGGAUGGCUGUGUAAUUGAUGACUGUAUCACCAAUAAAAUAUAUACAAGCUUUG